GUCAAGCACUCCAGUAAAAGCAUGCUUAUACGAAUAGAUAGACGCGUGCUUGCUGCUUUUUGUUUCAGUUAUUUUGAUUUCGUUUCAUUUUGAAAAAAUGUCAGGUAUCCGUUGGAGUGAUGAAGAAACUAAGAACCUCAUAGAAUUAUACAAGUCAUAUACAUUUCUAUGGGAUAGUUCUCGUAAAAUGUACAAGAAAGGACAAAUGAGAAACUAUGCUUAUAUCGAUAUAUUAAAUACAAUGGGAAAACCAGGACUCACUAUACGCGAUAUAAGAUGCAAAAUUAAGAAUUUAAGAUCGGCUUAUUAUCAGGAAAUAAAGAAAAGGAGUGCCGUAGAAAAUGCUGGAAAAGAAUACGUCUCUGGUUUAUCAUGGUUUGACAGUUUUAAUGAUAUUAUGGAGAUCAUACAGAAAAAUAAAAAGCAUCCCGAAACGGAAGCAGACGGAGACGAUGAUAUAUCUGACGGUGAAGGCUUCGAAAUAAGUGAAAGUGCAAGAGAAAAUUGUGACACUACAGUAGUAUCUAUUAAACAAGAAUUUCUUGACGAAAUGGAAGACAAAGACGUCCGUUAUUGUCCUAUAGUCAGUGAAUAUAUGGAUCCAAUUGAAACAAAUGAAGGCGUCAACAAAAAGAAAAGAAGGGGUACAUAUAAACGAGAAUCAAAUCAAGAUGACUUAGACGAAUUUCAGCUGUUUGCCAAUAAUAUGGCCGAACAACUAAGAAAUAUGCCUCUAGAUACAGCUCUAAAUUUACAAGUUGAGGUUCAAGCGGUGAUUGCGAAAGAACGUAUAGAUAUGUUAAAAAAUGAUGACGAUGAUGAUGAUGGGGAGGAUGACGAAAUUAUUGAAUAAAAUAUGUAAUGUAAAUUGUAAUUAAUAAACCUUUAAUUAUUAAUUAACAAAAAAA